CAAAUUUUCAAUUACUGAAAUCAAGAAAUUUACUACAAAAGAAAGCUUGAUUCUAAAUCUACAAUAAACUAAUUGACUGGACUAAAAAAUUGUAUACAAAAUGGCUGAAAACGCGCAUUUCCAAACACAAACCGCCAACUUGACGUAGCUAGAAAUUCCGAAAAAUCUUAUUAAAAGUAAUAAUCGCCACUGAGAACUUAAGUAACCACCAUGGCAUGCUUUCCACGGAAACUACGCAUCUUUAGUCGCAGCACAGCGAGCUUUACGCCAGCGGAAGACGAAAAUAAAGACACUAUAUUGAAUAAUAAUGCAAAUCCAGUGCAAAUUGGCCGCUAUAUAAAACGUGAAGAGACUGCGCUUUUCACACCGAAAACCAGUGAGCAAACACGCACAUUACGACAACAACAACAACAGCAACAACAACAACAACAGCUGCAGCUGCAGCAGGGACGAAAAUCACAAGAGCAAAUCAUUGACAAGCGAAACAAUCGCAUUAGCAACAAUGCUGGCAGCAAUAAUAGCAAUAGCAACAACAAGAAUAACAACGUCAACGAAAAAAUCGGCGAAAAUGGCAAUUUGAUAAACAACGAGAGCAACAAUGUCAACACUUUCGGGCCUAAAAAAUUCAUUUCCAACAAAGCAAACAACCUCAGCCGCAACAAUAGCGUCAACAGAUGUAACAACAAUAACAAUAACAACACCAACAAUGGCAAUGGCCAUGCAAGCAAUACAACACUGAAACCUGUCAAAGGACGACGGCCAACAGCGCUGCCAAGUGAUGCACCCCAUUUGGCGGAGGAAGAAGAGGUGGAGGGGGAAGAAGAAGAGCAAAGAGAGCAGCCAGUAGGGGAAGCAGCAGACGGUACACGGCAACAGGAGGACCUGCAUGGCAUGAUAGCUGAAAAGCAAGCACUUCGUGUCAACAUUAACCAGCUUAAUGGUUAUAAAAGCAACGCCAGUGACCUGGAUACACCCACCACACCGGGCUCGACGCUGGCCGUGCGCUUCUUCAUUGGCCAACAGGCGCACGAGGAGGACAAUAGCUCCGCGCAUUCUUUAGACGCAGCGAGCAAUACAAAAGAGGCCGAGGUGACAGCGCAUGGCAGGCAACACAGUCAACCGCAAAAAGAGCAACAUGAACAGCACCAACAAGAACAACAAGAACUUAAAAUGGGACAUUUGCAAAAUGCUACUGCAAAGAGUAAGAGCACACCAAGCACACCCCAACAACUACUAACACCCUCGCCGAGCAGUCAUCAGUUAGCCACACAAUGCAACUCCAAUCGCCUAACAAGCGUUCGCUCCUCACCCACACUGCACUACGGUCAACAAGCACAACGCAAAUCGCACACCACGAAAAGUUGGCGUAAAACGCGUGCUGGCGGCUCUUGCGAACCACCUGCGGAGGAUGUGCAUAUUCCAACGCCACCGCCGUUGCCACCACAGCCGCUCACCACGGCCUCGUCGUCCGCUUCGUUGCUCUCGUUGCGUAGCAACAAAAUCAAACGCAGCUCUGCGGUCGCUGCGUCCACCACAGCGACGCCGCAAAUCGAGGAGGGUGGCAUUAGUGCGAAUGCGGAUUUCGCCACACUGCCCGACUCUGAUGGAACUGAUGGCAUGACAAUGGCAACGGUUGCUGGAAAUGCGGCAACAACAACGACACAAACAAGGAUAGCAAAUAGUACAACAAAUGACAAAUUCAGCAUAAAGCAUCAAUUUUAUACGCUAAGUGAAAUAUUAAACCUCAGUGACAGCACCACACUCACCGCCAACAGCGAAUUCGUUCGUGAUUCGUGCUUACUACUCUACGAGGAGCAGAGCUCAACAACAAAAGGAAGUGAUAAUAGCGACACAACACCACAGGCGCACCGUGUUGAAGGCGGUCUCAUCUUCACGCGUCCUAAUUUACCCGCCAAAAGGGACGUACAUAUCGAGUUCAUCGAAAAGGAUAAUGAAACACGAAAUCUCAUACGCAAGGCCAUCGAACGCAAUGACUUCCUCAAUAACUACAUGGACAAGGAGCGCAAGGAGAUGGUCAUCGAUGCGAUGGCGCCAACAUUCUACAAAAAGGACUCGUUCAUUAUACACGAAAAUGAUGAGGGUUCGGAAAUUUAUGUCUCCGAAACAGGUUAUUUCGACGUGAUCAAAGGCGGCAAAGUGGUGGGCAGUUUUGGCCCAACAACGGUGUUUGGUGAAUUGGCAAUACUGUACAAUGCCAAUCGCUUGGCAUCGGUGCGAGCAACGACGAAUGCACGCGUGUGGAAAAUCACACGUGAGACAUUCCGUCAGAUUAUGGUGCUCUCCGAGUCGAAGGAACGUGAUGAAAAUUUGACAUUUUUACGUGCGGCGCCAUUCCUUAAUGAUCUGUCUGAUGAGGUGCUUAAUAAAGUUGUGGAUUUGCUGCAGCGUAAAUACUACGAGCCCAAUGCGUGUAUUGUGCGCGAAGGUGAGGUGGGCAACGAGUUCUUUAUUAUACGUGGCGGCACUGUGACUAUCAAGAAGAAAAACGAACAGAAUGUAGAGCGUGUAGUGGAUCGGCGGAAGCGUGGUGAUUAUUUCGGCGAACAGGCCCUACUUAAUGCGGAUCGGCGGCAGGCGAGCGUUUAUGCUGACGCACCCGGCACUGAGGUGCUCAAGUUGGACAGAGAAGCUUUCAUCAGUUAUCUGGGCACUAUACCGCAACUCCGAGAAAAACCCGAAGAGCGUAAAUCUGCCGAGCGCAAGCACAGCACAAAACAAACCGAAUUUGAUAAUGAAUAUGCACACAUACAGUUAACCGAUUUGAAAAAGGUAGCUACAUUGGGAGCAGGCGCUUUCGGCUGCGUGGAUUUGGUAGCUCACAAUGGUAAGACCUUCGCAUUGAAAAUCAUUAAAAAGAUUGACGUGAUUAAACAGGAUCAAGUUGAGCAUGUGUAUAGCGAGAAACAUGUGAUGAUGAAGUGUCGCAGCUCGCCAUUUAUUAUAGAAUUAUACAAAACAUUCCGCAAUGAAAAAUUCGUUUACUUCCUAAUGGAGGCUUGCAUGGGUGGCGAUGUUUGGACUGUCAUGUCACAGCGACGCUUUUUCGAUGAGCGCACAGCGAAAUUCAUUGCUGGUUGUGUGGUGGAAGCUUUCGACUUUCUACACUCACAUAAUAUUAUAUAUAGAGAUUUGAAGCCGGAAAACUUAAUGCUGACCACAGAUGGUUAUUGUAAGCUGGUCGACUUCGGCUUUGCGAAACACAUACCGCCGAAUCAAAAAACCAACACAUUCGCUGGCACACCCGAAUACGUAGCGCCUGAGAUCAUUUUGGAUCGCGGUCAUGAUCGCGCUGUCGACUACUGGGCAUUGGGCAUACUUAUUUUCGAGUUGCUCGUGGGCAAAACGCCGUUUCGUGGUCAAAAUCAAAUCAAAAUUUACCAGCAGAUAUUGGGCGGCAUUGAUGUCAUACAAAUGCCAUCGAAAAUUCCACGCUCCGCGCAGGGCCUCAUCAAGCAUUUAUGUAAGCAGUUGCCUGUGGAGCGUUUGGGCUAUCAAAGGCGUGGCAUAUUGGAUAUUAAAAGACACAGUUGGUUUGACAACCUCGAUUGGAAUAAGCUGAAAUAUAAGCAAUUACCCUCACCCAUAAGGCGUCCAAUAACGAGUAACACAGAUCUGCAGUAUUUCGGUCCAGCCGGUGUGGAGAAUGAUUAUGAUCCGCCCGAUGAAACCAGUGGCUGGGAUAUUGAUUUUUAAGGAGCGCAAAAAAUGUCACUACUUUUAUUUAUCACAAGAAAGCAAUUUAGCCCUAGAUAUUAUUUAAGGAAUUAAGUUAUUAAUUAUUUAACACAUUUUAGUAACUGAAAAACCAUUUUAAAUCAAUUAAUUAUAGUUUAAAAUAUUUUUUAUUACAAAUUUACAUGAAGACAUGAAAACCUCAUUAUGUCUAGAAAUAUUUUAGACCUUAGUGAACCUUUAACUCCUGAGUCAAUUUAUUUGUACAUUAAAACUAAAAAAUAAAAAAAUAAUUUCAAAUUACUACUACAUUA